AUGACGACCGCUUCCGAGCUCGAUCUCUCCUCGUUGGACAAGGACCCACGCCUGUUCCUCUACACAUCCCUGACCGCGGGGUCAUCCCAUAUCAUCACAGCAACUAGCCGCAUGGAAACCAUCCUCAAAGCGAAUCGUAUUCCCUUUUUGGCUGUAGACCUCGCUACAGAUGAGAAAUGUCGGAGAUUGUGGCAGAGGAGAGGCGGUGCGAAGAAGAAGCUCCCGGGAUUGGUCAAGGAGGGUUACAUCAUAGGCGAUUUGGAGGAAGUGGAAGAGUGGAAUGAAUUCGGAGAGCUUCAGGAAAAUAUUGGACCGGUUCCUCCAAGCAAUACUGCUCCCCCGGGAGCACAUGUGGGCGUCAGUACUGCUCCGCCAUUAUCGGCAAAUGUCAAGGCGGCGCAGGGACCUCAGGCAAAUGUACCACAGUCUGGAUUCGACAAGACAAAAGCUGUGGCAUUACCUGGUGCGGAAGAAAUGGCUGCGAUUCUCAAAGCGAAAAAGGCCGAGCAGGCUGCAAAAGCAACCCCCGUGCCCGCUCCUGUUGUAUCAGAAGCUCCAACUCCAAAAUUGAGUGAUGCAACCAACUCGGAAAAGGUGACGAGCGGGGAGAAAAGCGCAGAGAAGGCGUCGAAGGAAACCACCAGCAGCACAGAAAAGGACGACUUGCUCAAGGAGGUUGAAGCAGUCGACGUCGACUCACCAAAGCAAGAAACCAAGGCGGAGACCGAACCUCCUACUGAGGGCGUUGCGGGACUACAGGUGAAGGAAGAAGCAGCAGAAGACGCAGAAGACGCAUCCGAGGUAAAGGCAUCAGAAGUGACAUCGACAAAGGAUAAUGUCGAGGCCAAGAGUGAUGUACAAGAUGACGAGCAAACCAAGACUCAGGAGCAAAGCGCCAAAGAUCCUGCGGCUGCGGGCCAGAGUGUGGAGGACUGA